UCUCCCGUUCCGUCUCCGGCGCCACGCUCCUCCUCCGGCCGCUUGAAAGCGCGCAGUGCCACGAGCCCGGCGGAGAUUCUCCGCCGACGCUGACAGCUCCGCGGCGCCCCGCCGUGCCGUGGAAGACGAUGCUCUGCCUCGCCUCCUCCUCCGCCUCGCCCUCUGUCCCGCCGCGCCCCUCCUAUCCCGCUGCUGUCCGGCCCGGUCCGGGGAUCUCGGGUGGCGGCGGCGCCGGCGGCAAUGUGCGGCUGAGCGUGGUGCCCGUGCCGUCUUCGCUUCGCUGGUCGUGGCCACUGAAGGCCAAUAGCAAGAUUUCUGUUCCCGAGACUGCGCGGGAACACAAAACUGUGGCAACAGAAGAUGGUGUCAGCCACCUUCCCAUAUACGAUCUGGACCCGAAGCUGGCCGAAUUCAAGAACCACUUCAAUUAUAGGAUGAGAAGGUAUCAUUACCAGAAACAUUUGAUUGAGAAACAUGAGGGUAGCCUUGAAGAAUUCUCUAGAGGCUAUUUGAAGUUUGGGAUCAACGCAGAACCUGGUGCAACGGUAUACCGGGAAUGGGCCCCUGCAGCAAUGGAAGCACAACUUGUUGGUGACUUCAACAACUGGAAUGGUUUUGAGCACAUGAUGACGAAGGAUAAUUUUGGAGUUUGGUCAAUCAAGAUUCCUCAUGUCGAGGGGAGACCUGCCAUCCCUCACAAUUCCAAGGUUAAAUUUCGAUUUAGGCAUGAUGGAGUAUGGGUUGAACGGAUCCCCGCAUGGAUUCGUUAUGCAAUUGUUAAUACCUCUAAAUUUGGAGCUCCAUACGAUGGUGUUCAUUGGGAUCCACCAACUAGUGAAAGGUAUGUGUUUAAGCAUCCUCGACCUCGAAAGCCUGAUACACCACGUAUCUAUGAGGCGCAUGUGGGGAUGAGUGGUGAAAAGCCUGAAGUAUACAGAGAAUUUGCAGACAAUGUGUUACCACGUAUAAGGGCGAAAAACUAUAACACGGUCCAGCUAAUGGCAAUCAUGGAACAUUCCUACUAUGCUUCUUUUGGGUAUCAUGUGACGAAUUUCUUCGCGGUUAGCAGCAAAUCAGGCACUCCAGAGGACCUCAAAUAUCUUGUUGACAAGGCACAUAGUUUAGGAUUGCGUGUUCUAAUGGAUGUUGUCCACGGCCAUGCAAGCAAAAAUGUGACAGAUGGUCUAAAUGGCUAUGAUGUUGGUCAAAGCGCACAAGAGUCAUAUUUCUACACAGGAGACAGGGGCUAUCAUAAACUGUGGGAUAGCCGGCUGUUCAACUAUACCAAUUGGGAGGUCUUAAGAUUUCUUCUUUCCAAUCUGAGAUAUUGGAUGGACGAAUUCAUGUUUGAUGGCUUCAGAUUUGAUGGGGUUACAUCCAUGCUAUACAAUCACCAUGGAAUCAAUACGUCGUUCACUGGAAAUUACAAGGAGUAUUUUGGUUUGGAUACCAAUGUAGAUGCAAUCAUUUACAUGAUGCUGGCUAACCAUUUAAUACACAAAGUCCUGCCAGAAGCAACUAUUAUUGCUGAAGAUGUUUCAGGCAUGCCAGUUCUUUGUCGGCCAGUUGACGAAGGUGGAGUAGGGUUUGACUAUCGCCAGGCUAUGGCUAUUCCAGAGAGAUGGGCCGACUACUUGAAAAACAAAGAUGUCCAUGAAUUCUCAAUGAGUGGAAUAUCACAGACUUUGAAUAACAGGAACAAAGAUCAGCCAGGUAUACAAAACUGAGGGGAAAAGAAAAAUGAGACAGAUGGGUCCCCACUCUUGUGGUCGACGAGGCCAAUGGACGGGGAAGAAGAGCAGGACCGAUGCGAUGGCAUGGAGGAAACCUUUGACCAAAAAAUGAGGCACGCAACACCAGGACUUUCCAGGGCGUCACCCAUUCUAGUACUACUCUCGUUCAAGCAUGCUUAACUUUGUUAUUCUGAUGGGAUUCGUUGCUUUACUGUUGGUAUAAACCUUGAAGAAGCAAAACAAUCUUAGACUGAAGCAUGACUAUUAUCUUGUAAAUCUGUGUCCCUCUUGUAUUAUUUGUAUAUAAACUCUUUAUCAUGUUAGAACAAGUUUGCAUCAUGUCCAUAGGCCAAUGAUGAUGUUUAAAACCUUGGCAUAAUGAAUGUUUGACGAUGCUGGCAUAAUGAAGUUUUGCGGAUAUAUGAAAAUCUUAAAACUCAAGCAACAAAGAAUAUCCAUCCAUUUGAUGUCCAGCAAGGUAUAAUGUGUGGUCUAGGUUGGUAAGUGUUGCUACGUUUUAGACGUACAAGCACGUAAAGUCUAGGCAAUCCUUUCUAAAAAGAGUCUAUCUUAUCCCUAUUGGUCUAGAUGCAUCGUGCCAUUUUAAAUUAUGUUCGGCUAUUGCAAGUUCAAGUAUAGAAACAUAACUUUCCAUGUCUAAUUGUAGGAUGCAAAAUAUUUAAUGUUUAAUUUGCCAUACAGAAGUUAGUCUGUUUUUCAUGAUUCACCG